CUGAAUUCUGUGGCGUGUGGUGGUAAGAGUUUGGCAGGGGAGACCGCCUUAACGGUUGAAAUUUGCCGCUUCGUUUGGCAGCUCACGGGAAAUGGAGAUGUAGCCCCGAAAGUGGAGCCUUUACCGCCGGGGAACUGGAUCCUGACGUCCAAGCGGGGCCUUGAGGACCCGCGCCGACGCCAGGUCCAGAACCCCGCGGAUUACCGGAGAAAGAUGGAGGGGUGACGAUGGGAGGAACCGGUUAACUUGCAUUUCCUUCAAGUGUUUCAAGCAUGUCUUCUUUCCCAGACUUCUUUAUUUUCUGAAGAAGUUUUUUAUCAUAAGGCAUAGAAAAUCACAAAGCAACAUGUCAAUGAAUCAGCAAGACCUGGAUCCAGAUAGUAAUACAGAUGUGGGAGAUAUUACGGAUACUGAACAAGAACUUGUUAAAGAAUGUGAAGAAAUGUGGAGAGAUAUGGAAGAAUGUCAGAAUAAAUUAUCACUUAUUGGAACCAAGACACUCACUGAUUCAAAUGCUCAGCUAUCAUUAUUAAUUCUGCAAGCGAAAUGUUUAACUGCUGAACUCAGACAAUGGCAAAAAGAAACACCUGAAAUAAUUCCCCUGACUGAUGAUGUUUUGACAACAUUAGCAGAAGAAGAGUUCCAAAAGUUGAGACAUAAUCUUGAAAUGGUCCUAUCUACUAUUCAGUCAAAGAAUGAAAAGUUAAAGGAGGACUUGGAAAGGGAGCAACGGUGGUUGGAUGAACAGCAACAGAUAAUGGAAUCUCUUAAUAUACUACACAGUGAAUUGAAAAAUGAGGUUGUGCCAUUUUCUGAGUCAAGAAUCUUAAAUGAACUGAAAACUAAAAUACUUAAUAUAAAAGAAUAUAAGGAGAAACUCUUGAUUACCUUGGGUGAGUUUUUAGAAGAUCAUUUUCCUUUGCCUGAUGGAAAUGUGAAAAAGAAACAGAAAAAUGUUCAAGAGCCAACUGCACAGCUGAUAACACUGCAUGAAAUGUUAGAGAUUCUUAUAAAUAGAUUAUUUGAUGUUCCAUAUGAUCCAUAUGUCAAAAUUAGUGAUUCCUUUUGGCCUCCUUAUAUUGAACUGCUGCUGCGUAAUGGAAUUGCCUUAAGACAUCCAGAAGAUCCAACUCGAAUAAGAUUAGAAGCUUUCCAUCAGUAAAAGGAUGAUCUCUUUUUCACAUAGUAAAAGAUCUUGUCAUUCCAGGAUAAUGGAAACACAGCACUAUUUGGAUAAAGAACAUUAUUUGAAAAUUGAAGCACAUAGUCUAUGUUCCUUUUAUCUUUAAAUGAUACAGGCUGCCAUCUAUUAGUCAUUUUUAAAUGGUCCUUUCAUAGUUAGUGCUUUGGCAUUUUAAACUGUAUGGAUGAGAACGCAAGUAAAUAAUAUUCUAGACAAAAACAUUUAAUGUACCUUAUUUGUCUUGUGCAAUAUUCUUUGGAAAAUUCUUUGUUAAUUUGAUAUUGCUUAUAUAUUUUUCUUUUUAAAUUUAUAAUACUAUCUUUUAUGCAUUUUGAGUUCUAUUUGAUUCUUUAUAUUUAAGAAUUAUAGUGGAUAAGUUAUUUACCUUGAAGAUAGUUUUAAAAUGGAAAUAAUAUCAUGGAGAAGUUGGCAUCAUUUUAAAAUAUUUAGCAAAUUUGUUUCAUAUGUACUGCCUUAUUUCUACAUUUGCAAAAAAUUGGGCUAUAAAAAAUGGAUAAAACUAGUAUGAAAAUAAUCUAAUUUGUAUUAUAUAUCAAGUGACGUUAUUAAUUCGCUCUUGAUUCUGUUAAUUAUUACCAACAAAAUUAUGUUUGCAAACAUUUUGUUAAUGGUCUGUGAAUUUUCUGUAAAUAAAAUUCUUUCCAAAAGUCUCUA